GAAACGAUCCGCUUAAACAGACGGUUGUUUGCUUUGAACGGACCCGUGGUGUUUGUGGUAUGUCACUUACUGGAUUUUAUAGAUCGCGGAACAAAAUUCAGUGAUCUUCUUCGGUUAUAAAUUCGAGUUUUAAAAAUUAUGCUCCUAUAACCGGCAUUUUUAAAGGAAUUCAGUUCAUACUAGAUUUUAAAAAUUAAAACUCGAUCAAUAAAAUUUUUGUGAUCAAAUUAAGUUGAGAUUUAUUUAAGAAUCUUCGUCUGAGAGUGAACUUGUGAUAUUUUUAAAAUUUAAGAAUUAUGUUAAUUUUGUUUAAAUUGAUCUUGUUUGUUGUAUCGUAACAUAACAGUGUCAUUUGUAAAAGAAUAACUAAUUUGUUUAUAAUAAUUAAAAACAAACACACAUACCUACAUUUGGAUUUAAAUGGAUAACCUUCAUUGCGAUCAAUCAGAUAAUAAAAUGGUUGAUGACGAUUUAAAUCAGCAGCAGCCUGGAAGUAAUCAACGUAAUCCCAAUCACACAUCGCCGUCGUCAAAAUUGGGCGGAGAAGCUUAUUGUGUGGAACACGUCUCAAUUGACAUCGAAAAAGCUGCUUCCAAUUCCAACGGCUACACCACCAACAACAACAACGGUAAAUUCAAUGGAAAUUCGUCACAUUCCAUAACCACAAACGGAAACGGAACAUCGCCGAGUAGCAGCACAUCGCCACCCGGCGGCGGAGGCCAUAAAAACCAGUCUUCGAAGCAAGAAAGAGAAAAGCUUGGGAGGCGAUCGCGAGCAGCAGUCUUUUUUCGUGCGGCUUUCGCGUUGGUUGGCUUUUGUCUUAUUAUCGCUGCUGUUGUGCUUCUCUGGUACUACAUGGGUUGGGAGUACGGUCUGCCAGCAUUGCUGGUCGCUUUCGUAGCUGUCGUCCUGUCAACGGUCGGCUGGAGAUGGUUCUAUAUUGCUGCUGUUACCAGUAGACGAGAUUUAACUGGAGUGCUUGCGUACAUAAGAAUUCUUAUUCUAAUUAAAAAAUAUGAAAAGAAAAACCUCACCAUUUCGGACAUUUUCCACAUGAAUGUUGCCAAACAUCCCGAAAAAGCUGCGAUUCUCUGCGACGAUCAAGUGUGGACUUUUAGACAAUUGAAUGAAUUUUCCAAUCGCAUAGCAAACCUUUUCCACAGUCAUGGUUAUAAGAAGGGUGACGUUGUGUGCUUGCUUCUGGAGAAUCGGCCAGAGUUUGUGGGAAUCUGGUUGGGUCUGUCGAAACUGGGGGUGAUCACACCGCUUAUCAAUACAAACUUGCGAGGACCUUCACUACUGCAUAGUAUCACGGUUGCAAAUUGUUCGGCAUUGAUUUAUGGUGAAGAUUAUGCGGAUGCUGUUGAGAGCAUCUCCAAGGAGUUGCCCUCAUCGUUGGCAAUCUAUCAAUUUAACAACAAAGAGAAGUCUCCGGUGACUGGCUUGGCCAAGGAUCUGACUACUUUGAUACAGAGUUCUUCCAGUGGUAAUGUGCCAGCUUCGGUUGAACCCGCAAACCACCACGAUAAAUUGGUGUACAUUUACACCUCGGGAACAACUGGCUUACCAAAGGCAGCUGUUAUAUCACAUUCCAGAUAUUUGUUCAUUGUCGCUGGAAUCCAUUACACGAUGGGUUUGAGGAGUGACGAUAUUUUCUACACCCCCUUGCCACUAUACCACACAGCUGGAGGUGUCAUGAGCAUGGGACAAGCACUUCUGUUUGGCGCUACAGUUGCCAUUCGCAAGAAGUUCUCGGCAUCAGGUUACUUUGCCGACUGUGUCAAGUUCAAUGCAACCAUUGGUCAGUACAUUGGGGAAAUGUGUCGUUAUAUCCUUGCCACUAAACCAUCUGAGAAUGACAAGAAACACAAAAUCCGGGUUCUAUUUGGCAACGGAUUGAGACCGCAAAUCUGGCCACAGUUUGUGGAGCGAUUCAACAUCCCGAAAGUCGGAGAAUUCUAUGGGGCGACUGAAGGAAAUGCAAAUAUCAUAAAUAACGACAAUACUGUUGGAGCUAUAGGAUUCGUUUCUCGAAUCCUUCCCACGAUCUAUCCUAUUUCGAUAAUCAAGGCUGAUCAAGAUACUGGGGAGCCGAUUCGAGGACCUGAUGGUCUUUGUCAACUGUGCAAGCCUAACGAACCGGGUGUAUUUAUUGGCAAAAUUAUCAAGGGCAAUCCUUCGAGAGAGUUCUUGGGCUAUGUGGAUGACAAGGCGUCGGCUAAAAAAGUCGUGCAAGAUGUCUUCAAGAAGGGAGAUGCUGCCUUUUUGUCAGGUGAUCUGCUAAUGGCUGACGAGCGAGGAUAUCUCUUCUUCAUGGAUCGAACGGGAGACACUUUCCGAUGGAAGGGUGAGAAUGUUUCAACGGGUGAGGUGGAGGCCCAAGUGAGCAAUGUAGCGGGCUACAAGGACACAGUGGUCUAUGGAGUUUCAAUUCCUCACACUGAGGGUAGAGCUGGAAUGGCUGCUAUCUAUGACCCAGAACGAUCUGUCGAUCUGGACACAUUUGCAGAGGAGCUUAAGAAGCUGCUUCCAACAUACGCACGACCACAGUUCCUGCGAUUCCUGACAAAAGUCGACCUCACCGGAACUUUCAAGCUUCGAAAAGUGGAUCUACAGAAGGAGGGCUUCAAUCCAAGCACGAUUGCAGAUUCACUCUACUAUCAAACUCCCAAAGGUCGAUAUGAACCCUUAACGGCUGAGAUUUACGAAAAAAUCAACAAAGCAGAGAUUCGAUUCUAAGCGCCGCGCGCCGCGCCGAUACGGGCCUUAUCUCUUCCUAUUUUGCCAGGCACUGUAUUUUCAAAAAUUAUACUUUUGAAAAGUGUUUAUUUUAUUUUUCUUCAUACCUAAGUAAGUUAUAUAUUUAAAUGUGAUGGGGAAUUUAAACGAUCGCGUCGUGUCGUUACAAAAAUGGGUCGGGUUUUGUUAUGGAUCAAUUUUUGGAUCAUUGCAGUUGUACAUUUAUAAUAUUCAUGAGACUUGUUCAAUCACAAAAUCAAAAAGAAAACAUUAAAUAGCGUGAAAAAGGGAAGAUAUUAAUGUUAUUAGACAUUUAUGUGCUAAUUUGCGGGAUUAUUUAUAAGAAUAAAAAAAAAAAAAAAAACAAACAAAAAA